AUCUUGGAGUUGGUUUUAGAAGUUGGUGUCAUUCACGAGGACCAGUGAUGACGCACCUGGAUGUACGUGUGGCCCCUGUGGAGCUGAGCGCUGGGCGAUGGAGCAUGACCUGAGACCGCAAGCAUGGACUUUUCCCGGCUGCACACGUACACGCCGCCUCAGUGUGUGCCUGAGAACACCGGCUACACGUAUGCACUCAGUUCAAGCUAUUCUUCGGACGCUCUGGACUUUGAGACGGAGCACAGACUGGACCCCGUGUUUGACUCUCCCAGGAUGUCCCGACGCAGUUUGCGCCUGGCCGCCACCGGGCGCGGCAUGGAGGGCGGCCAGGCAGGGCACACAGACACCUGCCCCAGCAGUACAGCCUCCCUGAGGGACAGAGCAGCCAGAACAGCAAAGCAGCACAGAGGUGGGAGCAAACUGUCGUUCAGUGUGAGCCAUGACACUAGGCAGGCCACUGCUGGCCGGAGCAGCGGGCUGCAGGGCUCAGCCAGUCUUCGGCCACCCGUGCUGGACGAGUCUCUGAUCCGAGAACAGACCCAAGUGGACCACUUCUGGGGUCUUGAUGAUGAUGGAGACCUUAAAGGUGGAACAAAAGCCUUCACUCAGGGGAACGGCGACUCGGGCGCCAAUGUGGCCCGCAGCAAUGGCUACACCUGCAGGGCCUGCAGCCAGCUGUCUGCGUGCCAGGACGCACCCGCGCACGCCCCCACCCACAGCCUCGCCUCCUGGGUGUACUCACGGGACCAUGCUCAGAAACGCGGCGUGUCCUACGUGGACAGGAUUCUGUGGCUGGCCACGUAUACUUCGUCAUCUUUGUCAUCAGUCUUAGUCCAACUCUUUCGAGUGGUUUUAAUGAAGCUCAAUUAUGAAUCAGAAAAUUACAAAUUGAAAAACUAUGAAUCAAAAGAUGGUGAAUCAGAAAGCUAUAAGUCAAAAAGCCAUGAAUCACAAGCUCGUUCCGAGCACAGUGGGACGAUGACAGUGACAGAGUCUCCCAGAGAGGACGGUCGCCUCCAAGUAAACGGGGACUCGCUGUGCCAUGGCCGUGAGGGGACGGAACGCCUGGAGACCCACUUGGCCACCCGCUCGCAGUUUCCGGGGACAGGAGGGGCAGCAGGGACCGCACAGCUCGGCUCUUCCCUCACAGGGCACGUCUCGAGGUGGACACUGCGGAGGACCAGAGCUGCUGGGCGGGCUGCGGUGCAGGCUGUGCUGUCGGGCCUGUGGUCGGCUGCGGUGGCCCCAGGGAAGGCGGCCACUGGGAUGCUCUGGUGGCUGGGUCGUGGGUGGUACCAGCUGGUCACUCUGAUGUCCUGGCUGAACGUGUUUCUUCUCACCAGGUGCCUUCGCAACACUUGCAAGUUUCUAAUCUUGCUCAUUCCACUCUUACUUUUACUUGGUGCGGGCCUUUCCUCCUGGGGGCAGGGCAGCUUCCUGUCCUUCCUGCCCACUUUCAACUGGACACGCAUGCUCAGAGCACCAAGGGUCGAUGAGCUCCAGGGUGUGUUCUCGACGGGAGCUGCCCCCCCGCUCCCACCUCCGGAGGGUGUGGCCGAGGCUUCUCCCUGGCACUGGAUGAGAGAGGUGGAGAGGCAGGUGGCCUCUCUGUCGGGCCAGUGUCAGAGCCGGGACGGGAAACUGAGGGAGCUGACGGCUUCACUGCAGCAGCUGCAAGUGCGGGUGGACCAGCUGGACGACGGGGGUGCCGGGCCGUCCUCCCUGGUGAGGAGUGUGGUGGAGCAUCACCUGAAGGGCCUCGGUGCCGGCGGGCUGCUGGGCUCCCAGACUGACCCCGUGGCCUUCCACCGUGAGCACGAGUCACGCAUCUCCAACCUGGAAGACAUCCUUGGAAAGCUGACGGAAAGAUCAGAGGCCAUCCAGAAGGAGCUGGGACAGACCAAGCUGAGGACAGCAAGUGCCACCGAGCAACAGCAGCACCUGCAGUCUACAGUGGCGCAGCUGGAGCACGAGCUGGGCCGCCUGCAGGCAGAGCUGGCGGCCUGGCAGCCGCUGAAGGCUGGCUGCGCGGAGGCCCACAAUGUGCACGAGAAGGUCGACGUACAGGUUAGAGAGACCGUCAGGCUACUGUUCUUGGACGACCAGCAGGGCGGCGCCCUGGACCAGCUGCUGCGGAAGCUGUCCUCUCAGUUUGUCAGCAGGGAUGACCUGCAGGCAGUGCUGCGGGAGCUGGAGUUGCGCAUCCUGCGGAACAUCACCCACCACGUGUCCGUGACUGGGCGGGCGCCGACCUCGGAGGCCAUCUUGUCUGCUGUGCACGAGCAGGGGGCUGUGGGGAUCACGGAAGCGCAAGCGCAUGUCAUCGUGAACAACGCGCUGAAGCUGUACUCCCAGGACAAGACCGGCCUGGUGGACUUCGCCCUGGAGUCCGGCGGCGGAAGCAUCCUGAGCACCCGCUGUUCAGAAACAUACGAGACCAAGACGGCGCUGAUCAGCCUGUUCGGCAUCCCGCUGUGGUACUUCUCCCAGUCACCCCGAGUCGUCAUCCAGCCUGACAUGUACCCAGGCAACUGCUGGGCAUUCAGAGGGUCCCAGGGCUACUUGGUGGUGAGGCUGUCGAUGGAGAUCCACCCGACCAGCUUUGCGUUGGAGCACAUCCCCAAGACACUGUCACCCACAGGCAACAUCACCAGCGCCCCCAGGGACUUCUCUGUCUACGGGCUAGAAAAUGAGUAUCAAGAAGAAGGGCAGCUGCUGGGACAGUUUGUGUUUGACCAAGAUGGAGAGUCACUCCAGACGUUCCCUGUCCCGAGGAGACCGGAGAGAGCUUUCCAAGUCGUGGAACUCCGGAUCUCGUCUAACUGGGGCCACCCGGAGUACACGUGCCUCUACCGGUUCCGAGUCCACGGAGAGCCUGUGCAGUAGAGAUGCUGCUGGCUGCCGCUGUACAUUUUGUAUAUACUUGGGACAGCCCAAGACAGACACGGGGCCCCACACGACGAGGGCGAGGGGAUGGUGCCGACUGCCAGCAGCAGGCGCAGGAACGGGGGUGGCUGACACCAUGACGCCGCUCGAGGUCCUGCCUGUGGGACACUGUUGAGUGCUUGGGCACAGAGACCCGUGGGCGACAGGCAGUCUCGGAUAUUCCUUUGAAUGUAUGGUUCACAGAGACACACACACUUUGGGGGUUUGUUUUUAAACACAAAGCUGUUAAUACUUGUAUUUUCCUGGCAUCAGGAUCGAAGCAAAUGAGGUUAAAAGGUUUGACGUGUUCUUGAAGCUUCUACACUUAGCCGUUCACUGGCCCUUUGAAAGGCCUUUGGGAGCAGAUGGACUUUAACUUUUCAGUCCAGCACACAUUUCUUUCAGGGAAAAUCAGUGUCAACAAAUUUCAGUGCUCAACUCCUUUGCUUUGGGGUAGGGUUUGUCCCUCACUUCAGCAUGGAUAGUCGCUUUACAUCACCAGGUGGGGAAAUGACAGAAACGUGCUUUUCUGCUUAGUUUGCUCUACUGAGUGAGAGCUUCACAGUCAGACCCCUAUGCUGACCCUCAUUAAUUGGGGGCAUCUCCCUUUGCUGAGACCAGUGGGAGCUGCAGUCUGACGCAGACAGACACAGAAGUAGCCCUCUGCUCUCCCUAAUGGUCCUGUUGGAGUCCCUGGGGGGGUUUACUUCACUGUAUGAAUAGGAACCAAGAAAUCUAUUCUUAGGGGUCUUUUCAGGUUUUCUCUUGAAUGUUGCUUAAAAGCAAACACUAACAUUCUCCGAAUCAGAGGACUGUUUUUAUUUGGAUGGCAUCAAGGGAGAAGGUCCAGUGUGGCCACUUCCUACCACUGUUCUGUGGGGUCGCACUGCCCAGCAGCAUCCUCCCCGGGCUCCGGCUGGGAUUCACCUUUUCUUCAGACUGUUGGCCGUUUUCCCUCGAUUCCCGUGACACUCGUUUUGGUUAUAAUUAAUAUUUAACAUUGAGAAAUUUAACUGAGCAGACUUUAUAAGAGUUCCACAAGGCACUUGAGGUGUUACAAACGUUUGACUGGCUUAAGCAGUUUCAUGGUGUAACAUAAAUGUAUUUUCAGAAAAAAGAUGAAAUGAUGGUGCUGACUGGUUUUCUGGAGUUUUAUGUAUAUUGCACAACAGUCCUGAAAUACACACAGACUACAUGGCUCUUUCUGUCACUCAGAAUUGGAACCCAUGCCUGUUCAGCCGAGUUGAACAAAACAUAUACAGAUAUUUCAUAUAUUACAGGAUAAGUAUAUAAAUCAGAAUUUCCUAUAUAAAACUAAUUUGGGAGUUGGGUGCAAAUAUUUUGAGUAUUAAUUUAUUUUUAAAGAUGCAAGAUAGGACUUUGUGCAGUGUAUUUUUGUAAAUGCUUUUCCAAAUAUAUGUCUCUGGUAGUGCUCUUGUUGCUGCCACCAAACUAAGAUGCUAUUGAAAUGUUUAAAUAAAGAGUUUUAAUUUUAAAAAGUGCAUGAGAUACUUCUAAUGAAAAAUAAAAUGGCCUAUUUCUA